AUGUUAAACGGUGUGGAAACAGAAGACAAAGAUUGCGAUGGUUCAUCGAUCAAAGAGCAAAAAUUACAAAAAAUAUUUGAUUUUUUGGCAAGCGUCGAUAAAGACGUUGACGAAUUAUCACAUUAUAACGUUAGCUCAAUAUUAGAAUUGAAAAUAUUAAGUGUUGAUUUUAAAUAUAGAGGAAGAGGAAUUGCUGGUAAACUUUACGAAUUAACCGAACAAUUGGCAAGGAAUAAAGGAUUUCAGCUUCUACGAACGGAUGCGACAGCAUUAUUUUCACAAAAGCUUUUCAUAAAAUACGGUUUUGAAACGUUAAAAGAAAUCAUUUACGAUGAAUAUCCAUCGAAAGAUGCUCCAUUAUUCAUCGUUGCACCGCCACACGUUUCAUUUAAACUCAUGAUAAAAAAAUUAUUUUAA